UGGAGCAUAGACUCUCCCCGACCUUUCUCCCGGAGAGUGGAAUCGGUAGCUGUGCCUCGGUUCAACAUGAAGAACACAAGCCGUGCUCAAGCUGUAGGCGUUCCUGUCCAGUCGAUCAGAUAUGCAGCCGAAAUGUGUGGAAAGUCUGCAGUCGUCACGGAGCUCAAGAGACUGUGCCUUCAACCCACCUCGUACGAGUCCUCCCAGUACAAACAAAAAGCGGAUGCACCUGUUGAUUGGAUGAGAAAGUUCAGCAAAAAAGCGGACGGCUAUCUGAAAGGCAUCAAAGAUCAUGUGAGUUUAGGGCCCAAAAUCUCAGAGACUGUGAAGGGAAAAUUGAGCUUGGGUGCAAAGAUCCUUCGAGCUGGAGGUGUCGAAAGAGUUUUCAGAAAAAAUUUCUCAGUCGAAAGAGGAGAAAAGCUGCUGCAGGCAUUCCAGUGCUAUCUGUCAACCACAGCUGGUCCCAUAGCAGGGCUGCUCUUCAUUUCAACUCACAAGAUCGCCUUCCGCAGUGAUAGAUCAAUCAGAGUUACUUCUCCCAGAGGAAAUUUGGUCAGAGUUCCUUACAAGGUUUUGAUCCCAGUAGGAAGGGUGAGAAGAGCCAGCCUGUGUGAGAACUCACAGAAGCCUAACCAAAAGUACAUCCAGAUAGUGACUGUGGAUGAGUUUGAGUUCUGGUUCAUGGGAUUUCUCAGCUAUCAGAGAUCUUUGAACUACUUGAGAAGAGUGAUUUCAAAAUCACAAGUAGGAGUUUUGCAGUGAAUCCAUUCAUCAGAGUUGGAGACUGCUUUCUACUGUUUUUUGUACAUUUCAAGUGGAGAAAAUGUCACAACUUCUUGUUGUAGUUGGUACUGAAACUGCUCUCAAUUUCUCAGAAGAAGUCAGGAUCAAUGCUGUUCUUGAAAUAGAAUCCUUCAUCAUGCAAUUCUUCCCCAACUCGUCCAUGCUGACGACUUGGAGCAAUGGCACUUUCCUAGCAUUCCUGCAUUGAUUGAACGAGUCUGAAGAACUCAGACAAUCUUCAAAACUCAUCCAUUCCUUAGCCUUCUCCAUGGCAUGCAUAAAAGCAAA